UAAUUCUAUGCGAAUGAAGUCGCAUGGGAACAGCUAGUAAACCAUAAAUUCUGUUAUAUUUUUUUUUGUUUUAUCUACACAUACAGUUAUUGGAAGAGGAGUUUUCUAAGGCUUGUUUACACAUAGUUUAAUUAAUUAUAUAUUUGACUUGAUAACUGAAUUUAAUCAAUGCAAUAUACCGAACGUUACAAUAAUUUGCAUAAAUAUCAAACAAGUAAAACGGGUAAGGAUUACGAUAAUCGGAGCGACUUUUUAACCAUAUUUUAAUUUAGUACUUUGUAUAACUUUGCAUGCCAAUAGUUUUAUCAUUUUAUGCCCUGUUUUUCGUGGUUAUGUUGUAAAAAACGAUAUAUCAACUUAAACACACUACAUCUGGUAAAUGUAAAGGUUGGAAUUAUUUUAAAAAGCCAGUAAACAUUACUGAAAUAACGUGAUACUAGAUUAAUAUUUAAAUUUAAAAGCAUAGAUAGUAUUUUUUUAGUAGUAAAACUACAACAUGAGUGGUCUUAUAUAAGGAAUCGAUAACUAUUAAAAUUCACUUGUUAAAUUUAAAAGGUAAAAUAAUUUACUAAGAUAAGUUUAAAACUCGGAAUUAAAAUUCACAAAGGUAAGUUUUAACUAACUUAAUAAGCAAGUUCAUUUUGAAAAAAGUUUAAAUUUUGAAAGUACAUGUUAAUAUUUAUAUAGAUACACUAGCCGUUGCUCAUGACUUCGUCCCCGUGAAAAAAAAAGAUAUAGCCUACUUGUAUGUUACUCGUAGAUAUAUUACCUUUCUAGUGGUGAAAGAAUAUUUGAAAUAGGUUCAGUAGUUUUUGAGUUAUUUCAAUACGUACAAAAUAUAAAUCUUUCUUCUUUAUAAUAUAAAGUAUAUGUAAAUUAAUAAAUUAAAUAAAAUCUGAAAUUUACUUAGGUCUGAAGAAGAUAUUGUAUAGUUUACAGAGAUCUAGAGAAUAGAACUACGUAAUUCACAAUGAGACACCUACGGCAGAUUUUGUUAGGUCUAUGCCUAGUAAAUGUAUUUGUUAGUUCUGAACCACGGAAGUGCGAGGAAUAUAUUUGUUUACCCGAAGUGUUGAGAUUCCAAGAAUAUAUCGGCAUAAAUACUGUAUCGGGACAGGACUUGUCCGCAGCUGUAGAUUUUUGGAAAAGACUAGGAGAUGCUCAGAACGUGGAAGUAACAGUGUUCGAAGGAGUCCGAGGUUUCCCUGUUGUUAUAAUGAAAUGGCCGGGAGAGAACUCAUCAUUACCUAGUGUGUUGUUAAACGCACCUAUGGAUGUUACUGACGCUUAUUAUGGGGAAAGAUGGACAUACCAGCCGUUUUCGGGCAAAAUUAAUGAUGAAUGUGAGAUCGUGGGACGCGGCACUCAAGGCGUGAAGGCGGCCGCCAUGCAGUACUACGAGGCAUUAAGUAAUCUCAAACGAUGCGAUGUUACCUUACUCAGAGAUGUGUACUUAGUGUUGACACCAGAUUUCAUUACCUUUUCUCAAAAUGGUUUGGGUGUUUUCGUGCAAACCGAAGAAUUUCAGAACAUGAACGUCGGAAUCGCCUUGACCGUCGGUAUUGGGAGUGAGGGACCAGAAUUGCCUAUUCUCCACCAAGAUAAAACACAAAUAGGUUUGCGGGUUGAUUGCUAUGGACAAUCUGCAUUUUCUGCCCUUUUGAUAGAUGUGAAUAAAACAGCUGCAGGCCCGUGUAUCGCAUUCUACAACGCUUACGUUAACUACAGAGAAGAGCAGUACACAAAAUCAUUGGAAAGUAACGAUUACUCUGAGUAUACUGCAAUCAACUAUGUCGGUCAUUUAGGUGUUAAUGCAGAUAACAUACCUUUCCGCAAAAUACCCGCAAGUUUAACAAUUUUCAUUAGCGUGAACUUAGCUCAUGAUACGUCUUUGGAACAGUUUCACGAAAUUGAAAAUGGAUGGAAAUCAGACGCCGUUGAAAUCAUUCGACUUUUCACAUAUGAAAGAUCUUCAAUAACUAUCGCUAAUGAAAGUAAUCCUUACUGGGUAGCAUUAAAAGAUACUUUUGAUGAAUUAGAUAUUACAGUAACAUCUAAAACAGCUCCGUCAGUAUCAGAUAGGAGAAUAUUAUCAAGUGCUGGUAUUCCCACUUUCGGUUUAUUACCGAUACGUAACACACCGAUUUUAGUGCACGCGGUCAACGAACGCUUGUCUAUUCCCGUUUUCCUAGAUGGUAUUUGUAUCUACGAGAAAGUCAUAGAAAGACUCGCAAAUGUACCUGACGAUAAGGUUGCUGAUGAUCCUAAAAUGUAUUUAACAGAACCUACUUUAAUAUGAUGUAAAUAUAAACCAAACAAUCAUUAA